ACCGAUUGGCGAUACCGAUUUGUAAUCGCCCACGACGCCCGGGAAAAUGUCUCGACCGACCGCAACAUUAAACACAUAUAUUAUAUAUGUAUAGUCUAUGUGCUCUUGGCCCGAUGCAUACAUAACCCGAUCAUGUUCACGGUCACGUCGGAAAUCUACGGCGAGAACAAUUACCAGACGACCCGCGAUGGCGGCAAGGUGGUGUCCAAGUUCCGAUUCGUCUAUCCGGAGGAGAAGCUGGCGAGGAUUACGGCGGAUAAGGAUGGUGACCUUGAGGUGCCGCGGCCACGACGUGGCGUGAUCGAAUUGGAACAUUCCGAGGCCACGGAGCUGCGCUUGGUGGGCUUGCAGGUGUGGCGUGGAGCCCUUCUCCUGGCGGAUUACCUCUUCUCCAAGAAAGAUGAGUUCUCUGGCAAAACCCUCAUGGAACUGGGAGCUGGUGUGGGCCUAACUAGUAUAGCGGCGGGUAUACACAAUCCCGGAAGGAUCUACUGCACGGAUGUGGAUCUUGGCUGCAUACUAAAGUUGAUCCGUGGCAAUGUCCAAAGGAAUUCCAAACUGCUCAGUGGAAAAAUCUCAGUUCUGGAGUUUGAUUUCCUUGCCCCAAAGGAAGAGCAAUCUCAGGAUCUUCUAGAAGCGAUAGACAACAGUGAUAUUAUAUUAGCUGCCGAUGUUAUCUAUAGUGAUACCCUAACCGAUGCCUUCAUCUCUGUGGUGGAUAAUCUCCUGGAGCGGGGUCGCCAAACAGGUAGACCCAAAACCAUUUACAUGGCUUUGGAGAAGCGAUAUGUGUUCACCCUGGCGGAUUUUGAUUCGGUGGCUCCCAUGUACGAAUACCUCAUCCGGCAGACGGUUAAUAAGCCAUGGAUUAUGGAACACCUUCCGCUAGAUUUCCCUCAGUAUUUCGAGUACGAUCGAUGCAAGGAACUGAUUCUGAUCAAGAUCACCAGUCGUUAGUGGAAAGCAACAAAAAAGACGUUCGUCGUUUUAGAUUCAAUUGAU